AUGGCUGACCUCAACGAGAAAGCUACCUUCGAUCAUGCCUCGCUUAAGGGUGCUGAGUCUACUGUGGAACAGACACCUGAGGAAUCAGAGGCUACCAAGAAGCUUUUGCGGAAGUGCGAUCUUCGUUUGAUUCCCCCUCUGAUGGUGAUUUUCUUCCUAUCCUUUAUGGAUAGAACCAAUAUUGGUAACGCAAAGAUCCAAGGGAUGACAGAGGAUCUCAAGAUGACGGGUAGCGAUUACAACAUGGCACUUUUCGUCUUCUUCAUCCCCUACAUCAUCUUUGAAGUCCCGUCGAAUAUCAUGAUCAAGAGGAUAUCGCCUUCGCUCUGGCUCGGUGGGAUCACUGUUCUCUGGGGCAUCUCUACGGUCGGCAUGGGACUUGUCAAUAAUGUCCAAGGCCUGAUAGCAUGUCGGGUCCUCCUCGGCUUCUUCGAAGCUGGAAUCGUCCCCGGCUGCAUCUACCUCAUCAGCAUGUACUACAGACGCUACGAAGUCCAAUGGCGCAUGUCUCUAUUCUUCAGUGCUGCCAUUUUGGCAGGUGCCUUUUCGGGUCUCUUGGCUUUUGCUAUUGCUAAGAUGCAUGAUGUUGGUGGACUUGAAGCAUGGCGCUGGAUCUUUAUCCUGGAGGGUAUUCUCACAGUAGUCAUCGGCGUCAUUGCCAAAUGGUGGAUCCCCGAUUGGCCAGAGACCGCAAAGUUUCUCAACGACGAUGAACGGUCUAGACUUAUCGCUCGUCUAGCUGAUGACUCGGGCGAUGCAAAGAUGGACCAUCUCAACAAGGCAGCUUGGAAGAGAAUCUUGACCGACUGGAAGAUCUAUCUAGGAACCCUAGCCUACUUUGGUAUCGUCAACAACGGAUAUGCUGGCUCGUUCUUCAUCCCUACCAUCCUCCGCGAGAUGGGAUACGCCGCCGAGCGAGCGCAAGUGCUCACCAUCCCAGUAUACAUCGUCGCAACCAUAGGCUGUCUCUCAGCCGCAUACCUCGCCGACCGUCUUCGUCAUCGCUACGGCUUCACCAUGUUCGGCGUCGUGAUGACGAGUAUCGGCUACAUCCUCCUCCUACUCCAACACCAAGUCCCCACUGCAGCACGAUACUUCGCCCUCUUCCUCCUUGUUACAGGUGGUUACAUCACCCAGCCCGUCGUUCUCGGAUGGCUAUCCAACACUAUGGGCGGACACUACAAGCGUUCUAUCGCAUCAGCUGCUCAGGUUGGCUUUGGCAAUCUUGGUGGUAUCGUCGCAUCGAACGUAUAUCUUACACGUGAGGCACCGGAGUACUGGACUGGGCUGGGAGUUAGUCUUGGUAUGGUGUGGAUUUGCGGUGUUUCUUGUACGGCGUUUUACUUCCUUGCGAUUAGGGAGAAUAAGAAGAGGGAUCGUGGGGAGAGGGAUCAUAGACUUCAGGGUGCAGAUGCUGAUAACCUGGGCGAUGAUCAUCCUCAUUGGAGAUAUGCCACUUAG